AUGCUUGGCAAGGAUCAAGUCCAUCCACCGUUAUGGAAUCUCAAAGAGAACCAAAGGCCGAUGGCAUUAUUUAUCCCAGACAAGACAGACUGGUUUCAAGAUAGCGUUAGUGGACUUGCACCCGAUAUGAGCAAGCUUAUACUAGGUGACGGCAAGAUCACCGUUGGCUACAACUAUCUGGUUGUUGCAGCCGUUACUCCAAUCAACCGGGACCAGAUCAAGGGUCUCAAAGAAUCCUUAGGCAAAGAUGAACUGAUAUCUAGCUAUUCCCCCGAGAACGUGCAAAAAACAUACAAGUUCAUCCAAGCUUCUAAAGGCGGUAAUAGCUCUCUAGCGACAUAUGUUUGUAUCGUAUUUUUAGCCGAAAAAGCUUUCCGCUUGCAAGGCAUCCGGCAUAAAUCCAAAAUUAUCUACAACAGCAUCCAAGAGCGCAACACAACAUUUAACGCGAAGCAAGAGCUUGUCGAGAUCCGACCCAAUGAUCGCAAGGCUAUUUUCCGCAAUCUCACCAACCCAGAACAAGAAGAACUCAAAGCCUGUUAUUACGAUUUUCUCCAUGACAUCACGCUGGCAGAUCAAGCGGAUUUAUACCGUCACAACAAGUACAAGAACGUCUUCUUUUUGGGCGACUGUUCCAAAUUGCCUACCGGCGAGACAAUUGUGGCGGUCACAAUUGAGUCUGGCAAAAAGAUAAAGAAAGCUGAGUAUGAUGGUUAUGCCAGUUGCCCAUUUGUUGUAGGCCGUAAGGAGCUUGUGCUGGCCGAAUUCUCAGUACAGCAUAAUACCGGCAAACUGCUGGAAACGUUCCCUAUCAAUCAGCGCCGUAAUCCUCCUACAUUUAAUUGGAACGGGUUAUUGACAGACAGAUGGAAGGGUCCAACUGCGUUUCCUAAAAGCCAUGGCUUCUUAUCGUUUCGUUGA